AAAGAAAAGGCCCCGAGAAGAAAAAAAGAAGAAGGGGGGAAUCGGUCUCGUCGCCAAUGUCGCAUAGCUCCAAUGGCGAUGCUGCGGCGGGCAGGCGGAGAUCGCUUCCAUCGCCACAAUCGCUGCGAGCGAUCCUGUUCGAUGUCGAUGGGACGCUGUGCGAUUCCGAUCCGGUGCAUUACCAGGCGUUUCGCGAUAUGCUCCAGGAGGUCGGAUUCCAGGGAGGAGCUCCGAUCACGCGGGAGUAUUUCUGUGGCCACAUUAGCGGCAAGCACAAUCGCGAUAUCGGGCUGCUCCUCUUUCCAGACUGGGACGAAGCCAAGCGCUCCAAGUUCUUCGAUGACAAAGAGGCAUACUUUCGCGGGCUCGCGGCAAAGGAUCUCAAGGCGCUACCCGGCCUCCACAAGCUGUGCAAGUGGAUCAAAGAGAAAGGCCUGCGUCGCGCUGCCGUGAGCAAUGCUCCAAAGGAGAACGUCGAGUUUAUGAUCUCCCAGGUCGGGCUGGAAGGUUUCUUCGAGACGGUGAUCCUGGGGAGCGAUUGCGCUCGAGCAAAGCCAUUCCCAGAUCCGUACCUCAAGGCUCUGGAUCAUUUCGGCAUCACGGCAGACAAUGCCUUCGUCUUUGAGGACUCGCCAUCUGGAAUCAAAGCAGGCGUCGCCGCGGGCAUGGCAGUGGUGGGAUUGACAACGGGGAAUCCUGAGGCUGCUCUUCGUGAAGCCGGCGCAACGUUUCUGGCCAAAAACUACGAUGAUCCAGCUAUUUGGGCGGCUCUGGAAUAAGAAUAAGCCCGCCCUCUCUCUAUCAAAUUUUUUGUUAUCAAAUCUUGAACAACGCUUUUUCUAAAUCAACUUUUUCAAAGUGUUUCUAGAAAA